UUUUAGUGAAGAGAUCAGUGUAUCAAGUGGAAGAAGAUGAUGCAUUUGGCUGGAUUUACAUGUUGCUUAGGCGGCGUCGCUCUUUAUCUUCUCAGCCGGAGUACAGGAAGAGUUGUCGAAUCAAUCAAUAGGGUUUGCCACCUCAAGGAUUUGGAACAAUUGGUAGAUGGAGAGAGCAAAGUGUUUCCAUUGGUCAUAGUGUCAGGAACUGUUGGCUCUGAGACACCUAUUAAGUGUGAGUAUAGUGACGUUCUCGGUGUUUUUGUCAAGAAAACGGCAGAGCAACAGGUUUUGAGACGUAAUUGGAGGUUUUCAUGGGUUCGAGAUAGAACAUUUAUGCAGCCGAUGACUAAGGAAGUCCCGUGGUAUCUGGAUGAUGGGACAGGUCGUGUGAAUGUAGCGGUAUCUCAAGGUGAAAUAGGCUUGGCCUUGACGGUUGGAAGUGAUGUAUUUGAAAAGUCAGUACCGGUAUCGCUUGUUCAAGGAGCGUUGAGUUAUCUUAAAGGCCUCCAGAUACUUGGAGUAAGACGCAUUGAGCAUGUUGUCCCAAUUGGUACACCACUUACAGUUGUUGGUGAGGCUGUUAAGGAUGGCAUGGGGAAUGUCAGGAUUCAAAAACCCGAGCAAGGACCUUUCUACGUCUCUUAUAUACCGCUUGAUCAGCUCAUCUCUAAAUUGGGAGAAUGUUCAAGAAAGUUCAAGUAUGCCUCCAUGGGUUUAACUGUUCUUGGUGUGAUACUUCUUUCAAAGCCUGUGAUUAGAUAUAUUCUAAAGAGAAUUGAAGAUUAUCUAGAGAGAAGGCGUCGACAAUUGUUAUUGAAUAGAGUUGCUGAUGCAGCUGCUAGGAGAGCUGAACCAGUAGCUCCUAGGAGAGCUGAACCAGUAACUAGAGGAUUAGAAAGGCAACAUGAGAACAGCUCAGAUGGUACAAGCAGAUAUGGCGAUACUCCUGAUCUCUGUGUGAUCUGCCUUGACCGGAAGUAUAACGCCGCUUUUGUUCAGUGUGGUCAUAUGUGCUGCUGUGUGAGAUGCUCCUCGCAACUGAGUACCUGUCCUCUUUGCCGUGAACCAAUAGAACAAGUUUUAAGAAUUUACCGCCAUUGAAGGAAACAAACUAGAGCCUCACCUUCCAAUCUACUAAAACCAUUUACCAGCAAACAAUCAUUAAUCUUGUUGUAUAUAAAUCCUUUUACAGUAUCUUGAGUUCUCUGCAUUGUAUGACGUGAUUCAACGAGGUUGGCAAAAGCUAAUAGAAAAACUGACAAUCUAAUCCCA